AGUUAGACAACAAUUAGACAACAAGAUUUAUGUAGGGUGGGUUCUUCCCAAUUAAUAUUUUUCAUCUGUUGUGUCUGGGAAGGAUUUAGGCGUAUCUUCAAUUAUUAAACCACGAUAAAUGUUGAAAGUUUGCACACUGACCAGUGAACUGUCUCCGACUGGUUUUGCAUGAGCUGUUACAUAUACUAAUAACAUCACGUAACUUAACAUUUCAAUUUAAUUUUUAGAAAAUCAUUAUUCAUUAUAACUUUUUGAAGAGCUAAGUGGCUGUAUGAUGAUCAUUAAAAACAGUUUUUGUUUUUAUUAAUUAUUGAAUUGCCCUGGAGAAACGUAAAUUAUUCAAGAUUUUCAAUAUAGGCGUCUGUCAACAAAGAUUCCACGUUGACAAUGUCACGGUGAUUUCACCAUAGGUACAUCAGGUUUUACAAACGUCUACGACUAACCAUGACAAACUUGAAAACGUAACAAGAAGCUCUGACGGACAUUCUUCAAAUGGAUUUGGAAAAUAUAUCCACGACGAGAAAAGUGCUUGCUGCCGCAUUAUAUGGCUCAACAUCAUUUUUUAUUGUAAUUGUAAACAAGAAUGUUUUGACGGCACAUGGUUUUCCAUCCUUCCAGUUUGUUGGUCUUGGACAGAUGGUUGCCAUAAUAGCUAUUCUCUUCACUGCCAAGAAGUUGAAAAUUAUUUCUUUUCCAGAUUUUUCAGUAGAAAUUUUAUGGAAGGUUUGGCCAUUGCCUUUGAUUUAUAUUGGGAAUCUUGUGUCUGGCUUGGGAAGUACAAAAAAGUUAAACAUUCCAAUGUUGACUGCAUUAAGAAGAUUUAGUGUAUUGAUGACCAUGGUUGGGGAAAAACUAGUUUUAAAGAAAGAAGCAUCAAGAUCUAUACAGUUUACAGUUUUCUUGAUGAUUACAGGUGCACUUAUUGCAGCAAGUGAUGACUUAGCGUUCAAUUUUGUUGGUUAUGCCUAUGUCUUAGUAAAUGAUUUUUUUACUGCUGCUAAUGGUGUUGUAGUUAAAAAAAAACUUCAUUUGAAGGAUUUGGGAAAAUAUGGCCUUCUCUUCUACAAUGCGAUUUUGAUGAUUGUACCAGCAACAACUAUCACAUAUUUCACUGGUGAUUUAGAAAAGGGUAUACUGUAUGAAGAUUGGUUUAAUCCAUUUUUCAUAUUACAAUUUUUACUUGCUUGUGUCAUGGGAUUCAUAUUGAUGUAUUCGAUUGUGUUAUGUACUGCAGUGAAUUCUGCUCUUACAACUACAGUGAUAGGAUGUUUGAAGAAUAUACUUGUCGCGUAUGUAGGUAUUUUUGCAUAUGGAAAUUACCAAUUUAGUUGGUUAAAUUUUCUUGGUCUUAACAUCAGCAUUGUUGGUAGCAUUGCGUAUUCGUACAUUGCAUUCACAGAAAAAGAAGCUGUUAAAACAGAUAUUUCCGCGAACAAAGAAAAUGGUUCAGUUUAACGAAAGGGAAUGACGUCUCUCGCUGUGUAAGAGCAGACCGAGUGACGGGUUCAUUUGAUUUAAGGAAACGUCACACCAAUUUGUUCCAUUAAUGAAAAUUCUGAUAUAUCUUGUGUAAGCUGAAGUGUUAUGUUCUUUCCUGAAGAGCUGACUUCAUGUGGAAAACACAAGGUGGAGGAACAAUGUCGUCGAUUUCGGGAAAUUUCACAGCAAGAUUUUUUCUAUUUACAUUCAUCAUUUUACAUAGUUAUGUACGGUAAUUUUGGCUCGUGUGAUUUAAAUAACACACACAACGAUUUGUUUCUUAAUUUAUCAUGAAAUUCAACGGACAAGAUUUUUUCACCCAAUGCAACAACAUAGAAAAGAUAAGAUCUAAUUUUGUAGAUGAAAUUUUCAACAUUUUUAACCAUUAAGGAUUUGAAAAAAAUCUGAAAAAAAUUAUCUGUGAAGCUGGAAGUAUUUAAAUAUUGUUAGAUUGUUGGUAGUGUUGCAACAAGUAUGGAUAGUCUAAUAUUACGCUAUUUUUUAUCACUUUGAAAUCAUUUAACAUAAACAUGUAAUUUGGUGGAAUUUUACAGUACAUACGAUUUAUAUUACA